AGCCUUCUCACUUCUUCAGACUGACCAUGAUCUCCACCCCUUUUCUGAUGCUGCUGCGAGAGAAAAUGAAUCAUGCCUCUCCUGAGAAAAAGAUGCUGGUGGAAACUACAGGUGGUGGAAGAAGUGAAGGACUUAGAGUCGGGACUUUGACAGGAAAAACUAGCUGACGUGAUGGAAAGAAGAAAGGCAGACCUCCUGUGUGACCAGAUGGAAAGAGAUCGGGACCAGCUUCAAUUACUAUCGUGGUGUGAAAGAGGAACAGAGGAUCCUGACAGAAGAGUUUGCUAAGAAUGUUCUGGAGUGGAGUUCCAGGUCAACACCAGAGUGGCACGCUUGCAGUGCUCAGCGGUUGGCGACAUCUUAAAACUAAAUUUAUUGGAAAAUUAUUGUGAAAAGCAGAAAUGAAUGAAAAUAAAGACAUAAAAAACCAGUCCUGUCUUGGCUGAGGCUGUGACAGCAACAACUGAUGAAGCUACACAAACAAGUGGUGGAUCUAAGUCAGGGGUCGGCAACCUUAACAGUAAAAGAGCCAUUUGGACAACAAGAUGGAUACACUCAAGAAACAAGGGGACGACUUUGUCAGAACACGCCCCUUUCCCCACCUGCUGGCCACCUUGCCAGGUAAAUUGGUUGAUCAGUCUCAUCUUUCUUAAAGAAAAGUCUCCAGUAACAGACUCUCCAGACAGACUUGUUUGACUCGAACACUGAUACCGGUUGGAUCGCCUGACAGAGAGGAUGAGGUGUUGGUGGACGAAUCCUCAUGGUUGGAAAAGCCCCUGCAUGGGAUGUACCACCAGACGAUAACUGAAGUGGCGGAUAUCAAGAAGUCCUACCAAUGGCAUGAAAGGGCCAACCUCCAGGACGCUCUGAUCCUGGAAGCUCAAGAACAAGGCCUGAGCACCAGAGCGACAGAUCUACCACACCAGACGAGACCCAAAGAGGCGCCGGAAACAAUCCAGCACAUAACUGCAGGGUGUUAAAAAAAAGAAUAGAUUAAAGUAGGAUUGUUCAUUGUUCUAUGCUUUUCAGUCUGACAAUGUGUUUCAGUUAAUCAGGUUCUGGUGUUGCUGCUGCUGCUGCUGGUCUGUUUGCUCCUUCACAGUUUACAACUCAGAGCCUGGAGCGGUUCAGGUCACAGGAGAAGUUAUACUGGAGAAGGUCAAACAUCCAAACACAGACGACCAGCAGAAGACGUCAUUCCCAUCAUCAUCUGUGCAUCAGAGGAGCGUGUGGGCGCCACCAUGGCCACCAUCCACAGCGUCAUUGCUAACACCGAGGCUAACGUUUUCUUCUAUAUUGUCACCCUUCGGGAUGCUGUUAAACUUACGAGGAGGUACAUAGAAAAAACAAAGCUAAAAGGAAUCCAGUAUAAAAUACUAGAGUUCAACCCAAUGGUUCUUAAAAAAAAGGUGAAGCCUGACUCAUCUCGUCCAGAUCUCCUACAUCCACUCAACUUUGUUCGUUUUUACCUUCCUCUGCUCGACAUAAGCCAUGAAAGAGUGAUAUACUUGGACGAUGACGUCAUUGUGCAGGGUGACAUUAGGCGUCUGUUUGGCAUCUAUCUAAAGAAAGGACAUGCAGCUGCUUUCGCCACUGACUGCGACCUGCCUGCAGCCCGUGAGAUGAUCCAGAGCAUUGGCAUGCAGACAACGUACAUGGGCUUCCUGGACUACAGGAAACAGGAAGUUAAAGACCUGGGCAUCGACCCCAGCGAUUGCACCUUCAACCCUGGAGUGUUUGUGGCCGACAUGAAAGAGUGGAAGAAGCUGAAAAUAACCAAACAGCUGGAGAAAUGGAUGGAACUAAACUUCAGACAGAACAUUUACAGCAGUUCUAUGGCAGGAGGCGUGGCAACUCCACCCAUGCUUAUAGUUUUUCAUGACAAAUUUACACGUCUGGACCCUCUGUGGCACGUCCGACACCUGGGCUGGAGUCCAGACCCCUUUUAUUCGACAAGUUUCCUUCAGGAGGCUCACCUCCUGCACUGGAACGGCCCCUUUAAACCGUGGAAUUAUCCCGCCGUCCACCUGGAUCUGUGGGAGAGAUGGUUCAUCCCAGACCCCUCUGGGAAGUUCACUUUGACUCGCUCUGAUAAAGACAGUUGAAGUUUGGGAGGAGUAUGGAUUCAUGAUCUUAAAGCUGUGAUUGGGACAAAAUAACAUUUAAACGAUUUUAAUUUAGAAGUCUGCAGUAGCUUGAAGUACAUCCUGUUACACAAACUAAUAGAAUGGUUAGAAAACUUUCUUACAAAUCCUCCUACGACUUUUUCUGUUGUAAAAGUAACUAGUUACCAGGAGAAGUAACUAUUUGCAACACUAAAAAGUGGUUGAAUGUCAUCAUGUGGAUUUUUCUGAUGAAUUAUUACAGGUUAUACCUGUACAUAUUGAUAUCAAUGACAGUAAAAGGUUUAGGUUAUAUUUGUACCAGAAGAUAAAAGAUAUGAUUUUUUAUCUCUCUUACAACCCAAGUUAAACUCCAACAACCUGAGACGGCUAGAAAAAAGAAAAACACCAUGAACUUCUAAGCAUUUUGUUCACAACAAAACUCAACAUUUAAAUAACAUAAUGUGAAUUUAAGGGUUAACCAAACCCUAAAUCAACUUUUUUUUGUCUGUUGACCUCUAUAAAUGAGGCUUUAAAAGUUCUGUCUGUUGGUCGUUG